UUAUAAAUGUCAUUUGAAUGUAAUGUAAUUUCUGGUGACGUGUAUGAAAUAAUUCAAACAAGUAUCAAAAAAUGAUUUAGUGGAGUUCAAUUUGUUCUAAUAACAUUUUCCAACUCAUAUAUUAUAUAAAAAAUAUUAUUACCACAUAAAGUGUACAAAAUAUGGCCACAUAUGAGGAAUAUAUUCAACAAAAUGAGGAUAGGGAUGGAAUUCGAUUUACAUGGAACGUUUGGCCCUCAAGUAGGAUAGAAGCAACUCGUUUAGUAGUUCCGUUAGGAUGUUUGUAUCAACCGAUAAAGGAGAGGCCGGAUUUGCCUCCUAUUCAAUAUGAUCCUGUAUUAUGCACAAGAAAUAACUGUCGAGCUAUAUUGAACCCACUUUGUCAAGUAGACUAUCGUGCAAAGUUAUGGGUGUGCAACUUUUGUUUCCAGAGGAACCCAUUUCCACCACAAUAUGCUGCGAUAUCUGAACAACACCAGCCAGCUGAAUUGAUGCCAAUGUUUUCAACAAUUGAAUAUACAAUUACCAGGGCUCAAUGCUUAUCACCUAUCUAUCUUUUAGUUGUUGAUACUUGCAUGGAUGAAGAAGAACUAGGUGCCCUGAAAGAUUCAUUACAGAUGUCUCUUAGUUUAAUACCACAAAAUGCUUUGAUUGGUCUUAUUACUUUUGGAAAGAUGGUUCAAGUUCAUGAAUUAGGUACUGAAGGAUGCAGCAAGUCUUAUGUGUUUAGAGGAACUAAAGAUUUAUCAGCUAAACAAAUACAAGAUAUGUUAGGUAUUGGAAAAAUGGCAAUGGCUCCUCAGGCUCAGGUGCAGCAACCUGGUGCUCGAGGAACUCCGCAAAUGCCUCAACAUCAACAGCCAGUACCUCCCGGAAGUAGAUUUUUACAACCAGUUUCUAAUUGUGACAUGAAUUUAACAGACUUGAUAGGUGAACUUCAAAGAGAUCCUUGGCCAGUACCCCAAGGAAAAAGACACUUAAGAUCUACAGGUGUAGCACUUUCAAUUGCAGUAGGUUUACUUGAAUGUACCUAUGCAAACACAGGAGCAAGAAUUAUGAUGUUCGUUGGUGGACCUUGCUCCCAAGGACCAGGCCAAGUUGUCAACGAUGACCUUAAAGAACCAAUUAGGUCACAUCAUGAUAUCCAAAAGGAUAAUGUUAAAUAUAUGAAGAAGAGUAUUAAACACUAUGAAGCCCUUGCGGUUAGAGCUGCAACUAAUGGACAUUGCAUUGACAUUUAUUCUUGCGCUCUUGACCAGACUGGAUUGAUGGAAAUGAAGCAAUGCUGUAACUCUACUGGAGGUCAUAUGGUUAUGGGGGAUUCCUUCAAUUCAUCUCUUUUCAAGCAAACCUUCCAGAGAGUAUUUUCUAAAUAUGCUAGUGGUGAUUUGAAAAUGGCUUUCAAUGCAAUAUUAGAAGUGAAAUGUUCAAGGGAACUUAAAAUUCAAGGUGGAAUUGGUCCAUGCGUUUCUCUGAAUGUCAAGAGCCCACUUGUAUCUGAUUUAGAAAUUGGAAUGGGCAAUACAGUUCAGUGGAAGUUAUGUACUCUAACUCCAAGCACCAGUAUGUCCCUAUUUUUCGAAAUAGUUAAUCAACAUGCUGCCCCUAUUCCUCAAGGAGGUCGUGGUUGUAUUCAAUUCAUAACACAAUAUCAGCAUUCAAGUGGACAGAAGAGAAUUAGGGUGACUACUGUAGCAAGAAAUUGGGCUGACGCCUCAGUGAAUAUCCAUCACAUAACUGCGGGCUUCGAUCAGGAGACAGCAGCAGUUCUUAUGGCAAGAAUGGCUGUUUAUAGAGCAGAGAGUGAUGAAAGUCCUGAUGUGCUAAGAUGGGUUGACAGAAUGCUCAUAAGAUUGUGUCAAAAAUUCGGAGAAUAUAAUAAAGAUGACCCCAAUAGUUUUAGACUGGGUGAAAACUUCAGUUUGUAUCCACAAUUUAUGUAUCAUCUUAGACGUUCUCAGUUUUUGCAAGUUUUCAAUAAUUCUCCAGAUGAAACAUCAUUCUAUAGACAUAUGCUUAUGAGAGAAGAUCUUACUCAGUCGCUUAUAAUGAUUCAACCAAUACUAUAUAGCUAUAGUUUUAAUGGACCCCCAGAACCUGUUCUACUUGACACUAGCUCCAUUCAACCUGAUAAAAUUUUGCUGAUGGAUACUUUCUUCCAAAUAUUAAUUUUCCACGGAGAGACUAUUGCCCAGUGGAGAAAUCUCAAAUACCAGGAUAUGCCAGAAUAUGAGAAUUUCCGUCAAUUGUUGCAAGCACCUGUGGAUGAUGCUCAAGAAAUAUUACUCACAAGAUUUCCAAUGCCCAGAUACAUUGAUACUGAACAAGGUGGAUCACAAGCUCGAUUCUUAUUAUCCAAAGUGAAUCCAAGCCAAACACAUAAUAAUAUGUAUGCUUACGGUGGGGCCAUGCCCACAAUUUCAUCGGAUGGUGGAGCACCUGUUUUGACAGACGAUGUUUCGCUUCAAGUAUUCAUGGAUCAUUUGAAAAAAUUAGCUGUUUCAUCUACAGCUUAAAGAUUAAAUUGCCAAUGCUAGUUUUUGUCCAAUGUAAUAUUUCAAUGAGAAUUGAAUGGGGUAUGUUGUGUGUAUUUUUGAUAACUAGCAAAAGUUAAAACUUAGAAGUAUCAUAUUGAAAUAGAUAUUCACAUUUUUUUUCUUUAAUAGCUGAAGUAAUGAAAUUCUUUCAAAGUUAAUAUAUUAUAUUUAAUAAGAUUUUAUACUCUUUAUGUUACAUAAAAAUUUGGCCUCAA